CAAACAGUAUGGACAUUCAAACAACAAAUACACGGAGAAAAAUAUUAAAUCAUGUAGUUUGUAGUAUUUUAGUGGAAUGUGGUUAUGAUACUUGUGAAAAGCAAGCAUUAGAAAUUUUUACAGAAAUGCUACAGUCGUUUAUAGUAGAAGUUGGAGAAUCUGCAAGAAAUUACUGUGAACUUUCUGGUAGGACAGAACCACUCAUUGCAGACGUUAUAGUAGCAUUAAUAAAUAUGGGUGUAAAGUUAGAUAACUUGGAAAGUUAUGGGAAAAGAGCUAAUAGAACAGUUUUACCACCACUUCAGCAACAAACCCAAUCAAAGCAGUUAAAUAUUUUACAGGCUGGAGUAAAACAAAGUCACCCAUCUCACAUACCAAGUUAUUUACCACCUUUUCCUGAUCCACAUGCAUAUAUUAGAACACCGACACAUAAACAGCCAGUAACAGAAUAUGAAGCAAUAAGAGAAAAAGCAGCAACUCAAAAGCGUGACAUUGAAAGAGCCUUAACAAGGUUUAUUGCAAAAACUGGAGAAACACAUAGUUUGUUCUUAACAGAAGAUAAUAGUAUGUUUCCAUUAAUAUCAUGUAAACCACAAUUUCCUAGUUAUCUUUCUGCACUCCUUCCACAAGAUCAAGUAUUUGAAACUGAUCAAGAUUUUCAAUUUGAACCAAGUCCAAUUAAAAAGAAAAAAGAACAAGAAAUUGAAGAAUCAGAAGAAGGUAUGAAAGGACAAAAUGAAGAUGUUGAACAAAAUGGAGAAACUACAAUGCAACAAGAUGCUAUAGAUAAUCCUUACUUAAGACCUGGUAAAAUACCAAAGAACAAAAUGCCAGGAGUUACAGCAACUGGAUUACAUUCAAUAAAGAGAGAUUCUCUUGAAUGA